AUGGUCAAACUCAAGCUCAACACCUCCGCCUCCACGCUCUCCGCGCAAAAGCCUUCGUCCGCGGCCGCCUCCAGCUCCUCCGCCGGCGGCGGCAGCACCUCAACCCCAAAGACCCCCAAAAUCAAGCUCAAGACCAAAGCCUCCGUGCCCACGCUCAAGCUCAAGUCCUCCUCCUUCAGCCAGGCGACGCCGGCCUCGCCGCUGCGCACCCCCGUGCUCAAGCUCAAGACGCCCAAGCAGCCGGCGGCGCGCAAGCGGCGCCACGAGCCCGGCAACGGCUACGACAGCGAAGCCUCGGACCGCGAGGAGGACCCGGCGAUCGAGGAGCAGUUCAUCCUGCGCAUGCCGCCGGGCGACGACUGCGAGUACGUGCGCGACGCCAUCGAGCGCAAGGAGCUCAGCCCCAAGAGCGACAUCUGGUUCAAGUUUAAGGACGCGCGGCGCGCGGUCGUGUGUGUGCGCGGGAACCUGUACGCGGGGGUGCUGGUGGACCUGCCCAGCAUCAUUGAGAGCAACAAGACGCUGGACAAGAAGGCCAUCUUCAAGACGGCGGAUAUAUGCCAGAUGCUGCUGGUGGGCGAGCGCAUCAGGAGCGAGGAGGAGGUGUUUUCGCUGCCGGUGCGCCCGCAGGAUGUCACGUACCCGCAUGGGCUGACGCCGCCGAUGCAGUGGGUAAGGAAGCGGAGGUUCCGGAAGAGGAUCUCGAACCGCACGAUUGAGGCGGUGGAGGCGGAGGUGGAUAGACUGCUGAGGGAUGAUGAGAGGGCCGAGGCGUCGUCGUUUACGCUUGUAGAUGCGGCGGAGCUGGCAAGGGAGGAGGAGGAGGCGGAGGAGGGGUAUGACCUGCUCGGAGGGCAGGGCGAGUAUGACGACGAGCAGGACGCCGAGGGCGAGAUGGAGUAUGACUUUGCUCCGGGCGAGGAGAUGGACGGGGAUACGCUUGCCAAUGAUUUGGAGACGGCGCUCAUGGACGAGAUGGAGGACGAGGCGGCCGCGCCGGAGGAGAGCGAGGACGAGGAGGACGACGAGGAGGAGGAGCCGGAGCUCGACGAGGAGGCGGCUCAGGCGGCGCAGGAGCAGCGCAAGCUGAAUGAGGAGAUCCAGGACCUCCAGGAGGCGAUCAAGGCGAAGGCGAAGGAGUACGACAGCAUCUCCAACGUCAUGCUCAAGGCGCGCAUCAGAGGCGUGAUUGCGAGCUUCCAGAAGGAGCUGGAGCUGAAACUGACGCAAUUGGAGGGAGCGAGAUAG